AUGACCUCGACGAUCCGAGAUUCUUCCGACCGCCUCCCCGCCGCGCAGGUCGCCAGUGACAACGGCCUCGCCAGCGACGUGCCCUCGACGCCCAACGCAAAGCCCAAGAAGCGCGUGGGAUGGCGCUCGAGCGGUGCCGGCAGUGGAGGAGCCGGCCUCGACGGCGACCCAGCCGCCGAUCCCUUCCGCUCUCUGCCCGCCGCCGAUCCCUUCCGCUCUCCGCCCGCCGCCGCCGACGACGGCGUCCACUCCCCUGGUCUCACCCCUGACCUCGCACGCCUCGGCGCCCCAGGCGCCCCCGACGCCCGCGAGCUGAGGAUAGCGUUGACCAAGGUCCUCUCGGACGAGCUCGAGGAGCGCCGGCACCGGCUCCAGCUGGCCGCCCCUGCCGUCGAAUCUCCCCUCCCCACGACGCCUCCCAUGCUCCCGAGGCCCGCCCUGAGACGCAACACGAGCUACGAUGCCCCCGAGGAACGUGAAAAGGCCGACUUGGCGGAGAGGCGAGCGACGGAGCGCCAGGUGCGCUCCAUGACGGACGCACGCCAGCGGGCGAGCCGGCUCGCCCUCUCCGUCGGCGGCACGAGCACGUCGGCCUCGAGCUCGAGGCGCAACUCGAGCGAGCUCGAGGCUCCAUUCCAGCCCCUGAUCGACGACUCGCAUCGCCUCCUCGCCGCUCGCUCGCCCGACCUCGUCCUCGACUCGCCCGGCUACGCGCGCUCGAGGUUUCGCGUUCCCCGCGGCCAACGGCGAGGCCGCACCCUCGAGGACCACGCCGCGGCCGAGACGCUCGUCCGCUCCUACACCCAGAGGGGCAGGGACAGAGACCUGUUCCACGCCCAAGCCUCUCCUCGCUCCGGCACGAGCACGCCCGCCCGACAGGUCGCCGGCGGCGACUACGUCCCUCGCCCGUCCAAGUAUCGCGGCGGCAUCCUCUCCUCCCUCCUCAAGCUCGGCAGCGACAGCCAUGAUCGAGGAGCCGGCGGCAGCGGCCGCAGCACACCUCUCUCGCCUGCCACUCUCGUCAUGCCCUCUCGCUCCUCAUCGCCGCCUUCGAGACCUUCCUCGGCCGCCGGCGGAUCCCGAUCGCGUGCUUCCGGUUUGUUCAGCAAUCACCGGGCGCUCCACUCUACCACGUCCCUAACCGAGCUCAUCAAGUCGUCGUCCAUGUUUGCCGCCCCCGGCGCGAGCGAGAUCCACGACCAGUGGGCCGACAAGCUCUCGCGGGAGAAGCCGCCGGCGAAGCCUAGGAAGGAGCAGAUCCGCAUCACCGUCCACAUCGCCGGCAUCAUCUCGCGCCACCGCUACCUGCUCAAGCUGUGCCGCGCCCUCAUGAUGUACGGCGCGCCGACGCACCGGCUCGAGGAGUACAUGGCCAUGUCGUCGCGCGUCCUCGAGAUCGAGGGCCAGUUCCUCUACAUGCCCUCGUGCAUGAUCAUCAGCUUCGACGACAGCACCACCCACACGACCGAGGUCAAGGUGGUCCGCGAGCCCCAGGGCAUCGACCUCGGCAAGCUCCGCGACGUGCACAACAUCUACAAGGAGGUCGUCCACGACAAGCUCGGCGUCGACGAGGCCACGAGCCGGCUCGACGACGUCAUGAAGCGCAAGCGCAAGUUCCCCACCUGGUUCUGCGUCCUCGUCUACGGCGUCGCCUCGGCCUGCGUCGCCCCCUUCGCCUUCGAGGGUCGCUUCAUCGACCUGCCCGUCGCCUUCCUCCUCGGCUGCGUCGUCGGCCUGCUGCAGCUCGUCUUCGCGCCGAGCAACGAGCUGUACGCGCACGUCUUCGAGGUCUCGGCCGCCGUCAUCACCUCCUUCCUCGCCCGCGGCUUCGGCUCCAUCCGCCGCGGCGAGCUCUUCUGCUUCAGCAGCCUCGCCCAGAGCAGCAUCGCCCUCAUCCUGCCGGGCUACAUGGUCCUCUGCAGCUCGCUCGAGCUGCAGAGCCACAACAUCGUCGCCGGCAGCGUCCGCAUGGUGCACGCCAUGAUCUACACCCUCUUCCUCGGCUACGGCAUCACCAUCGGCGCCUCGCUCUACGGCAUGAUGGACGCCAACGCCACGAGCGACAUCCACUGCCGGGACCCGCUCGACAGCCCCUGGUACCUCCUCUUCGUCCCGGCCUUCACCCUCUGCCUCUGCGUCAUCAACCAGGCCCAGUGGAAGCAGACGCCCGUCAUGACGGUCAUGGCCCUCGCCGGCUUCUGCGUCAACAGCUACACGAGCCGCUACUUCGAGGGCAACGGCCAGAUCUCCAACAUGCUCGGCGCCCUCGCCGUCGGCAUCCUCGCGAACCUCUACUCGCGCCUCGGGCGCCACGUCGAGAACGCCUGGCUCGACUUCGAGGAGUGGUGGCGCUUCCGGCUGCGACCCCGCUUCGCCCGCAAGAGGUCGUCCGACGCCGACGCCUGGUCGCUGCCGUCGAGGACGACGACGACGGACACCGAGUCGGGCGCGCCGUGGUCGGAGAAGGCGACGCGGGCCCCCCGCAAGGUCGGCUACAGCCUCGCCGCCGCCGCCAUGCUCCCGGCCAUCUGGGUCCAGGUCCCUUCGGGCCUCGCCGCCGGCGGGUCGCUGCUGGCCGGCAUCACGUCGGCCGACCUCAUCAACCGCAACAGCAGCUCGACGCCCGGCGCCGUGGAGACGAGCGCCAAGACGGUGGGCAACCUCGAUGGCACCGCCUUCAACGUCUUGUUCAGCGUCAUCCAGGUGGCCAUCGGCAUCAGCGUCGGCCUCUUCAUGAGCGCAUUGAUCGUGUAUCCGCUCGGCAAGCGAAGAAGUGGGCUCUUCAGCUUUUAG